AUGGCGGGUGAUGAAUCUCCACCACCUCCGCCACCACCUAAAAUCGAAACAAAUUCACCGUUUUAUCUAGGAGCGCAUGAUAGGCCUGGCGAUUUUAUAACUCCGAUUCGCUUAAAGUUAGACAAUUUUGAUGCCUGGUCUCAUGCGAUCUAUGUUGCGUUGUCUUCUAGACGAAAAUUUGGCUUUUUGGACGGCACUAUCACCGACUGUAUACCACCUGCAAUCAAGGAGGACUGGGUUGUAAUACACUGUAUGUUGGUCUCGUGGCUUAUGAACACUAUCGAUCCGGAGGUAAAAUCUUUGCUUUCUAAUUAUGAUAAUGCAAAACGUUUGUGGGAUGAUUUGCAUGAAAGAUUUUGUGUGAUUAAUGGUCCCCGUAUUCAAAAUUUAAAGGCUCAAAUUAAUAAGUGUGAACAACCUAAGAAUAUGACAGUGGUUGUUUACUUUGGGAAAUUAAAUGUUUUGUGGGAUGAACUUGCUAAAUUGGAACCUUUAAUUAAUUGCAAGCUCACCAACAAAGUUUCUCAAGAUGAACUUGUGAGAGGCCUUGAUCGUGUUCGUGAGGAACCAGUUCAAGCAGCAGGUUUUGCUGUUCGUACAGGUCAGCCUUGUGGGCGUGAGGGGGCUGAUCGUGGUGCUAGUGGAUCGGUGUGUGCUAAGUGUAAAAAAGGGGGUCAUGAGACUUCGCGGUGUUGGUCCGAUAAAGUGUUUUCAAGUGAGCAAUGGAAGGCCAUCACAGGGUUGUUUGGUAAUGUCAAUGUUUUUGAAAAUCAUUUGAGUGGUAAGUUUGAUGUUACUUCAUGGAUUAUUGAUACCGGUGCCACUCAUCAUGUUACCGGAGAUGCCUCUUGGUUGUUUGAUACAAGACCUUUUGAGUGUCCCGUUGGUUUACCUAACGGGGACACUGUGGUUGCUUCUUUAAUUGGUUCUGUUCGUUUAUCGGACAAACUUACUCUCACCGGGGUGCUUUAUGUCCCUAAUUUGAGUUGUAGCUUGCUUUCCGUUUCUCAACUUGCUAAGGAUCUUAAUUGUACUGUCUAUUUUAACCCUUAUAUGUGUGCUAUACAGGACCAAGCGAAGGAGCUGAUUGGAACGGGAGCUAGGAGGGACGGACUAUAUUAUUUUAGCAAUUCGGACUCGGUGCAUCAUGUUGGCGUUGUUGGAGCAAUCUCAAAUUUGAAGUUGUGGCAUCGUCGAAUGGGGCAUCCUUCCGAGAAAGUAGUUAAGUUACUUCCUCAUGUUAGUAGCAAUAAAGAUUGUUUAGUUAAGGGGUGUGAAGUAUGUAUGCGUGCUAAGCAUCCUCGAAAUAAAUUUCCUCUAAGUGAUAGUAGAGCUUCUAGGAUUUUUUGA